UCCCAGCCGAAGCUACUCACUAAGAAUACAAAAUGGCCACCAAAACCAGCCCGCCUACUGCAAGAGUAGAGAUCCUCGCAAACAGCGGCCUCUGCUCUAUCCCCACCGAAUUCGUCCGCACAGAGUCUGAACGCAAAGAUAUCGUAGACGCCCUCAACAUCGGGGCCAUUGGGCAUGGGAUCCCAAUUGUGGAUCUUGGCGGGGUCUCGUCGGAGGAAGGGCGGUGGCGGUGCGUGGAGGAAGUGAAGGCAGCGGCGACAGAGUGGGGUGUGAUGCUGGUUGUGAACCAUGGCGUGCAGGACGAGAUCAUCGAGCGGCUGCAAGCGUCAGGGAGGGGGUUCUUUGACUUGCCGGUGGAGGAGAAGGAGAAGUAUGCUAAUGACCAGUCAAGCGGGCAGAUACAGGGCUAUGGAAGUAAGCUUGCGAAUAAUGCAAAUGGUAAACUAGAGUGGCAAGAUUACUUUUUUCACCUUGUCUACCCGAAGGAGAAGGCGGAUCUCGCCAUCUGGCCUACAGAGCCUGCGGACUACAUUGCGACCACGAUUUCCUUUGCCGAGGAGCUCCGUACUCUCGCUACGAAAAUGUUCUCCUUACUCUCUCUCGGUCUCGGACUGGACGAAAACAAGCUGGAAGCCGAGCUCGGCGGCAAAGACGACCUCCUCCUCCAGCUCAAAAUCAACUACUACCCACGCUGCCCACAGCCGGAGCUAGCCCUCGGCGUCGAAGCCCAUACCGACGUGAGCGCCCUCUCCUUCAUCCUCCACAACGGGGUCCCCGGCCUCCAGGUCUUCAAGAAGGGCUUCGGCUGGGUCACAGCUCCCCUCGUCCCUAACUCCAUCAUCGUCCACGUCGGCGACGCGCUCGAGAUCAUCACUAAUGGGAGGUACCACAGCGUCCUUCACCGCGGGCUUGUUAAUAAAGAAAACAUUCGGAUUUCUUGGGCUGUUUUCUGCGAGCCGCCAAGGGAGAAGGUUGUGCUUCGGCCUCUUCCGGAGCUGGUUGGAGAGGGGGAGGUGGCGAGGUUUGAACCGCGGACGUUUGCGGAGCAUUUGGAGAGGAAGUUGUUCAAGGCAAGAGUGACAGGAAGCGGAGACAAGGCGGUUGUGUAGUAAGUAGUAGCAGAGAAAGAAGUCGGCGCUGCGCGCUGCUGUGGUUGGAAUAAAAUUUAGAUUAAAAUAUUCCGAUUCGAAUUAUGUAUGAACGGGUUUAUUUUUUGUUUGUUGGGUUUAUUUUAUGAUGAGUAUGAUACAAUAAUUAAUUUAUUUCGUA